GAACGCCUUCGAUAUAGCGUCACCCGCAGUAAACGGGAGGUGAAUUGCAUCAAAAUGCAGAAGCGCAUCAAGUUACCAGUGACCUUGCUGAAUGAGCACAUCACAUGCAAGUUAUGCAACGGAUAUCUCAUUGAUGCAGCAACUAUCACAGAAUGUUUGCACACUUUUUGCAAGAGCUGCUUGGUUAGACAUAUUGAACUUGUGAAUCGAUGUCCAACAUGUGACAAUCAAAUCCAUGAGUCGCAGCCACUUUACAACAUCAGGCUUGACAGAACCAUGCAAGACAUUGUUUACAAGCUUCUUCCAAAAGUGGAGAAGGAGGAAAAACGCAGAGAGCGCAAGUUUUAUAAAGACAGAGGAAUGCCUUAUCCAGACCCUAAAGUUGCAGUCAGCCAAACACUUACAAGUACUGGCCCAAGACCAUCAAAAGCAACAAAGAAAAACAAAGGAGCAGCACCUAAAACAAGUAAAACUACAAAAGUGAAAAGUUAUCACAGAACAGAUGAGCAAAUCUCCCUUCAACUUGAGACAUACCGGGAUGGAAGUAUGUGUAGCUCAACAGAAAUAGAGCCUCUACCAAAGAAAUUUAUCAGGUUGUCAACACAGGUCACUAUUGGUUUGCUCCAGAAGUUUUUGGCUUGGAAACUACACUUGGACUCUGAAAGCACGGUGGGUAUCCUUUAUGAUAAAACAGAAAUGGGAAGAGAUCUUACACUGAAGUACAUCAGUGAUAAUCUCUGUCCUCCAAAGGAACACUCUGCGCCUUUGAUUCUACAUUACAGAGCUAUGGAUGUAAGCUUCGCAAGAUGACCGGUGUUGCAGAGUGAAUUCCAAAUUGAUUGUUUUCUAAUGUUUCAGUAACGUUGUAGUAAGACAUGUCUUAUGGAGCUUGAUGACAUUCCACAACAGGAAAAAAACAGCAAACGAUGUUCUAGCCUGUGUCGCAGACAGUCUAAACCGCCGGUAUUGACUAUACCGGGGAUUGUGUGACACGUCCGCUGGUAUUGACUAUACCGGGGAUUGUGUGACACGUCCGCUGGUAUAGACUAUACCGGGGAUUGUGUGACACGUCCCCGGCUGCAACGCAGGCUAACGAUGUUCAUAUUUCAUGAAAUUUGAAAAAGUUUAAAAAUCCAAUGUUCUAGCCUAUUAUAAUUAUUAUAGUUAGUGUUUCGCUUUAUCGAUCUUUAUCGUUCUGUGUAUUUUGUAUUUAUUCGUGAUAAAUUCAGUCAGCUUUAAAGGAAAACAUAUGAUAAAGAAAAUCAGUGAGAUUAUUGUAGUUCCAUUUUAAAUUUACGGAAAAGUUCCUACUAAAAGAAAACUUGUCUUUGAUCCUU